AUGUGCACUAGUGAUGUGGUUAUGGACUAUAUUGAAGGUCAGAAGCAAGAUAAAAUCGCUAGUAAUAUUUUAAUUUUGCUAGAGUUUGUGGCUGUGGAUGAUUUGGAAGGAUUUAAGUUAGUGGUUGAAGAAGAUGGUUUCAAUAUCAACGAUUCUGAUUUAUGGUAUGGUAGAUCGAUAGGAUCGAAGAAGAUGAUGCUUGAGGAAAGCACACCUAUUAUGAUUGCCUCGAUGUUUGGUAGCAAACGGGUUACAAAGUUCAUUCUUGGAUUUACUUUUGUUGAUGUUAACAAAGCAUAUGGUUCCGAUUCAAUAGAGCAACUACUUUACACAUGGUUGUUGUUGGUGGAUCCAAAUCAUCCGUUGAAGUAG